AUGGCGGCGUCCAUCUCUGGAUCCCGCACCUGCUACCCUACUAGCGUCGUCCGUGCCCGUGGCAGCUGCGGCACCAUCAGGUGCUCCUUCGCGCCCUGCUCGCCGGCGUCCAAGCACUCGACGUCCCUGCGGAUCGGCACGAAGUGGGCGGACCUCCAGGGCGCCCGCGUCUGGGACGGCCUGCUGAGCCCGCUCGACGGCGCGCUCCGCGGGGAGCUCGUCCGGUAUGGCGGGUUCGUGCGCGCGGCGUACGCCAGCUUCGACUUCGACGGCCGCGCAUCGUCGUACGGAUCCUGCCGGUUCCCGAGCCGCUCCCUGCUGCGCCGCGCCGGUCUCCCCGAGACCGGCUACCAGGUCACCUGCCUCCUCCACGCGGCGUCCGCCUCGGCGCCGGGCUGGCUGUCGUCGUGCAGCUCGAGCUACAUUGGCUUCGUAGCGGUGUGCGACAACGAGGACGAGAUCGAGCGGCUCGGCCGCCGCGACGUCGUGAUCGCGUACCGCGGCACCACGACGUGCAGCGAGUGGGUCGACAACUUCCAGUCCACUCUGACCCGCUUGCCGGCAGCCGGACCGCGGUCCAAUGACGCCAGCGAGGAGGAGGAGCCGAUGGUGGAGAGCGGGUUCUGGAGGCUCUUCACCGGACCAGGCGAAGCGCACAGCAGCCUGCAGGACCAGGUGCGCGGUGAGGUGCAGAGAAUCAUCCGCGAAUACGGAGGCAAAGGCAUGCCCCCGCUGAGCAUCACGGUCACCGGCCACAGCCUCGGCGCCGCACUCGCGGUGCUCACCGCCUACGAGAUCACGACAGCGAUCGUGCAUCAAUGCGGCGAGGACGACGCGCCUAUGGUCACCGCCGUGUCGUUCGGCUGCCCGCGCGUGGGCAACGCGGCGUUCCGGCGCAGGCUGGAGGAGAGCGGCGGCAAGGUGCUCCGCAUCGUGAACUCGAACGACAUCGUGACCAAGGUGCCGGGGUUCCCGGUUGACGACUGCAGCAGCAGGAGCAGCAGCAGCCGAGACGGCGGGUCGGCGAAGAGGAAGCCCAGGGUGCCGAGGUGGCUGGUCACCAAGAUGGGGUGGGCGUACAGCGACGUGGGCCGCGAGCUGCGGCUCCGCAGUCAGGAUUCGGCGCCCAACGUGGUGGCGUCGCAUGACCUCGAUUUGUACCUCAAGCUCGUGGCUGCCUGCACAGAUUAG